AUGGAAGCAAGAAAGACUGUUACUGAAAACAAGCUGAAAGCAAAGACGGCUGAAUGUGAGGAGCUGAGAGGAGAAUACUGUCGGGAGAGUUAUUGUAACUUGCCAACUCAACAGGGUGAAGAGUGGCAUCCUGAAUUUGUGACGGAUAGAAGAGUGACAUCUGAUGUUCGAGCACAGUAUGCAUCAUCUUACCAUGAAUCUGAUCAUCGUGGUAUCUCAAGUACCUAUAACCCAACAGAGGAUACAAUUGAAUACCCUCAGUUGGUCUAUCAGCCGGUUGCCUGAGCAAUCAUCUCCUAGUGGAUUGACGUGAUGUUUGUCUGUACAUCGGCAUACAUUAUUAACAUAUGUAUGUAUGUAGAAUGUAAGUAUUGUUGUUUUCAUCUGGACUAUGAUGUAUUGAGAGGAUUUUACUGGAAUUUUUAGUUGACGCGAUUAAAUGUACAUAAGUGACAGUAUUUUAUUAGAUCAAGUUCAAUUAAUUAUUUAUUAUAGGACAAUAGCUGAUAUAAAAUUGUGU